AUGUCGAAACCACCGCUUCACCCCAAGCAAUCGACGGCAGGCAUUGCCGUUGACCCACGCACCCUCGAGCGUGUCAUCCCCGAAUCGCGACGCCCCGAUGGAACUGUGCGCAAACAGAUCCGCAUUCGUCCGGGCUACACCCCCCAAGAAGACGUCCAGCGAUUUCGGGGGACCCGCCAACAAGCCUUGGACUCGCGCGCGCUGCCAAUCGGGCACAUCAUAGGAUGGACUCCACCCCCUUCAACGCCUCAAAGGGACGCCUCGAAAUUAACGACGAAGAGCGCGAAGAAGAACGAGAAGCGUAAGGAGAAGAGGAAGGAAAAGCGAGAGGAAGUGGUGCGGGAAAGCUGGGAUAGUGACGAGGGG